AGACAAAAAGCUAGCUAAAAUUCGCGUUCGGUUAAAGUUUUACCUUCCCUGAAACUAUGGACAAGUCUGAUAAGUCGGAUAAAAAUGAGAAGCCCGAGAAGCCCUUAAAAAUUGCAGGAAAUUUCCUCUACAUGUUUGAGUUCGUGGUGGAUGAUCUGCUGAUCACUCGUCAGAAUCUCUGUGCUCCUGAGGAGUAUCCCACCUGCACGGAGAUCACGUUCCGUUCAUCGGUAUAUGUAAAUCUCUGCGAUCGCGAGGUGGGCACCUGCGUUAACCCAUGUUCGCCCAAGUGCGGAAAGUGUGCCUUGUUUACCCUGGAUUCCCCCAUAACCGAUAAGGAUGUGCUGCAGGUGCAUGUUUAUAAGAAAAAAACGGAAAGCUGCAAGUUUUUGAUAGGUUUAUCGGAGCUGAAGGUGAAGCCUAUAUUCGAUAGGGUUAAGGAGUCCUUUGACAUCGAGAAUCCCGAUUGGGAGGGUGCCAUGUUGGGUCACAUUGCCCAGUUGCCCAAGAUGAAGGGUCCGAAUAGCAAGGGUCUGCUGGAUAAUUGUGCCUGCUAUGAGAAGCUCAAUGAACGUCAUGAGCAGUGGUGUCCCACCUCUGAGUUAUCCAAAAGAUUACUACCCCUUUUCAAUCUCUGCAAGAUGCAAACUGGGAAUAUAGUCCUAAUCCUUCGAUUAGUUUGCAAUGGUCCUGCCAUUGUGUCCACCUUUCCCUUCAGUAAGGUUUGCUCUCGGAAUCCCAAGUGCCCGGAACCCUGCUGCGGACCCUGUGGUCCCUGUCCUCCGCCUCCCUGCUGCGGUUCGUGUCCACCUCCCCCCUGUGGGCCACCCUGUCCAGCUCCCUGUGAUCCCUGCGAUCCCUGUGAUCCCUGUAGUCCCUGCUGCGGCGGAGGAGGCACUGCCACCGGUGGUCCCAUGGAGAAAAAGAGCUGCAAGGGUGCGUGUGGCCAACCUCCUUGUCGCACCUGCAAAAUGGUGGAUCCUUGUGCUAAGAGGGUGGAGCCGCCGGCCAAGUGCCUUAGGUACUACGCCUGCAACCUGGACAAAAUGUGUCCUUGUGAUUACUGCGAGGAUGAGUUCGAUAGGGAAUGUCCCACUGUUCCCACGAAGCGCUGCAAUAUGUCGCCCAUCGAACAAAAGUUGCAGAAAUGUGGUCCCUGCGGAGGAAUUCCCCCAUAUCCCCGUUUCAUUCAGGAGAAACUGGAUGCGGUUCUACUGGGCAAACCAGACAAGGAUAAGGAUGCCAAGAAGGAAAAGGAUGGUAAAAAGGACAAGAAAGGAAAGGAUGGCAAGGAGGGCAAGGGCAAGAAGAAGCGUCAGGCUGGAGGAGCUGUCUACUGUGUAGGAGAUCAUAACGGUCCAUCUGCCGUAUAUGAGGAUUGCGAACCAGCCUGCGAAAAUGUCCUCCAGGCGACCAGGAAAAUGAGGUACAAGGAACCCAGUGCUGCCGAAUGCCGCGGGAGAGAGGAGGAGUACGAUAUGGCAUGCGAUGAAGCACGAAAACGAGCUGUGCGGAAAUUGCGCCACUUACUGGUGAAGUACAAUAUCCAAAUUGAGAAUUGAAGGCCUUUGGAAUUGAGAUCUUUGAGCAGCACUCUUAAAGCAGACAACACCUGCA